CCCCAGGCGGUGGCGGGCGAGGGCGGCGGGCUGCUGCUGGAGAUCGUAGGCUCCCCGCUCAACCUGAGCCUGCUGGGCCUGUGCCUCUUCCUGCUCUACCAGAUCCUGCGGGGAGAGCGGCCCGCGGCACCCGCGGGCGAGGCGGACCCGCCGCCGCUGCCCAAAAUGAAGCGCCGCGAUUUCACGCUGGAGCAGCUGCGGCCCUUCGACGGCGUGAGCGACCCGCGCAUCCUCAUGGCCGUCAACGGCAAAGUCUUCGACGUGACCCGCGCCAGGAAGUUCUACGGGCCCGAGGGCCCAUAUGGGAUUUUUGCUGGAAGAGAUGCAUCCCGAGGUCUUGCCACUUUCUGCCUGGAUAAGGAGGCACUGAGGGAUACGUAUGAUGACCUCUCUGAUCUCAACGCUACACAGCAAGAGACCUUGAGGGACUGGGAGUCACAAUUCACUUUUAAGUAUCAUCAUGUUGGUAAGCUGCUGAAGGAGGGGGAGGAACCCACUGUGUACUCUGAUGAAGACGAAAAAGAUGUCCAGGAUGCAAAGAAAGAAUAGAUGUUGCAGUGAGGAACAAUCUAUUUUUGAACCAUAAAGGAUCAUUUGUAACAUUCCACUUCUGUUUCACAAGGUGCAGCAGCGGCAAGGCUUACAAAAGUUCCAGAGGUACAGUGAAUGGUUUCUUUUCAAAGAUUUCCUUUUAAAAUACAGUGGAAAGCUGCUGAAGGUCUAUGAUCUGUCUUCCUUUAAACCCACAUAAUAAGAAGUAAGCAUGACAAAUGUCUUGUGCAAAAGUAAACUACAAUUUUGGCAAUAAAGGACUAUUUUUCUGCUAUCACCAUUUAGUGCAAAGUAGCUCAAAAUCAUGUUUUUCAUUACCAACCUAGUACUGUGGACACAAGCACAUGAAUAACUUCACAUAUGCAACACAAACACCACUAAAUCUUCUUUUGUGUUAGCUUCUGCAGGAUCUGUCCCCAGGGUUGUAAUUCCUUUAGAAAAGGGAC